AUGGCGGCCUCCGAUCAUCAGGACACCAGCCGGCAUGGGACGCCGCUGGUGUUCGACGAGGUCCGGUGGGUGGUCCAGAUCCGGGAGUCCCUGGAGGAGGACGCCACCGGCGGCGACGACGACGACACCGGCAUCCCGGUGUCCGUCUUCAACGUGCCCAGGGCGCUGCAGGUGCACAAGCCGGAGGCCUACACGCCCCAGUUCAUCGCGCUCGGGCCCUACCACCACUGGCGGCCGGAGCUGUACGAGAUGGAACGCUACAAGCUCGCGGCGGCGCGGCGCGCGCAGAAGCGGCUCUGCCCGGCCGGGCUCAAGCUCGACGGCCUCGUCGACCAGUUCAAGCGGCUCGAGCGCAGGGUCCGCGCCCACUACCACCGCUACCUCGACUUCAGCGGCGAGACGCUGGCGUGGAUGAUGCUCGUCGACGGCGCGUUCCUGCUCGAGUUCCUGCAGAUAUACGCCGUUGCCGCGGCCAACGACGGGGAUGUCGCCGCCGGCGAUGGCAAGGCGCUGCGACGGGUGUCGUCGAGGAUGCAGCACCUCGUCGACUUCACCGGGAGGAAGUCGGCGCACAACCUCAUCCUCCGCGACAUGCUCAUGCUCGAGAACCAGAUCCCGCUCUUCCUCCUCCGCAGGAUCCUCGAGCCGCAGUGCGCGUCGACCGACGAGUCCGGCGAGCUGCUCGCGCGGAUGGUCACUGGGCUCAUGAGGGAGCUCUGCCCGUUCAAGAUGAUGGAGAAAUUCCCAGCGAUCGACGCCGGCAAGCACGCGCACCUGCUCGAGGUGCUCUACUACCUGCUCGUGCCGAAGCCGGCGGCCGAGGACCACGCGGCGGAGGCCGACGCCGCCCACGCCAACCACCAGGACGACGGGUACGACAUCGAGGAGCAGCCGGUGGACGGCGGCGACGCCGAGGACGAGGAGCAGAAACCAGCCGCCGGCUGGGAAUACAUCAAGCAGCUGCUCGUCACCAUCGGGGGCAUGGCGCCGUGGAAGAUGCUCACCGUCGUGCCGGGGUUCUCGGCGAUGAAGCAGCCCGUGGAGGCCUUCUUCAUGUCCGGCGCCGACGGUAGCGUCCGCCCCCGCGACCCGAACGGCGCGGGGUACCUGACCCGGCCGCCGCUGAUCGAGGAGAUCAUGGUCCCCUCGGUGUCCGAGCUGGCCAACGUCGGCAUCCAGUUCUCCCCGACCGCCGGCGACCUGACGACCAUCGCCUUCGAACCCAAGACAUUGACCUUCCACCUCCCCGUGGUGACCCUGGACUCCAACACGGAGGUGUUGCUCCGGAACCUGGUCGCCUACGAGGCGUCGGCGGCGUCCGGCCCGCUGGUGCUGGCCCGGUACACGGAGCUGAUGAACGGGAUCAUCGACACCGACGAGGACGUGGCGGUGCUGCGGCGGCGCGGGGUGGUGCUGAACCGGAUGAAGAGCGACGGCGAGGUCGCCAAGCUGUGGAACGGGAUGGCGCGGUCGGUGCGGCUCACCAAGGUGGCGUUCGUGGACAGGGCGGUCGAGGAGGUGAACCGCUACUACAACUCGCGGUGGCGCGUGAAGACGAAGCGGUUCAUGCGCAAGUACGUGUUCAGCUCGUGGCAGGUGCUCACCUUCCUCGCCGCCAUCAUGAUGCUCCUGCUCACCACGCUGCAAGCUUUCUGCUCCGUCUACACAUGCUCGAGGUGGUUCGGCGCCGUCACCGUCGCGACGGCAGAUUGA